CAGUUCCGUACCUAGGCCCAAGACCGCGCGAAAUCUCAUGUCGCAGAACGACAUCCCCCAAUCGUCUUCCCCUCUUACAUCCCGACUCAUGCUACUAUUUAGCCCCAAGCCUUCGAAGUUCUCUCUGGUGACGCUCAGCUCCGUACUCUUUGCUUUGAGCCUUGCAAUCAAGCUCGUAGUCACCGUUUACCUCAAGUCCCUCGCACUCGACGAUGCUCACAAAUACAGUACGGAUGUUCUUCCGCACCUAGCUGAACUCACACAAUGCUCUCUUGAAUGCACAGCUUACCUGGGCGCAGACCAUCCCCCGCGCUGGCCUAUUACCGUCCCGCGCGUCUUAAUGGCCUCCGACGCAUCCACGCAUUUCCAGCUCACGACAGCUGCCGGCAUCGCAGAGUGGGUUGCGCUUGUCCCCGGAAAUGGCCUCGUACACCUCGGCCCGCACCGAGCGCCAUAUACCGUUGCAAUGCUCCACGAGCUCCGCUGCCUCGACAUCGUGCGCGAUGCCAUGGUGCACGGCCUCCGUAGCGGCAACAUGACGGAUGCGCAGGUGGACCUUGGGAGGCACUGUCUGAACUAUCUACGCCAGAUGGUGCUGUGCCGCGGCGACCUGCAGCUCGAGCCGUUUCUUGCCCCGUCGCAUUACAAGCCGAUAGACCUGUAUGGGACAUAUGUGUGCCGCGACUGGGGUGCGGUGUAUCGAGAGGUAGAGCAGAACCAACGAGAGUACGCGCGAUGACUGAGCGAGGAGGGUGCCACGCUUAACGAGUCCGCGCUUGCCGGCGAAACAUCGUGAUAUCUACACCGCUCGCCGGUCAAAAUAAUACCCUACCUAUCUUCCCUGCUUCAAGAGGGUAUCUACCUUGUAAAAUGGACUACUCGU